AUGGUGCCCAAGCCCCGCAAGGAAGCAGCGGCCGCGGCUCCGGCCAAGCCCGAGGGGGACAAAGGCAAGGGGCAUCCUGAGGGCGGCAAGGCCCACGGGGCCGAGGGUGGCAAGGCCCGGGGGGCCAAGGCGCGGCCCAAGGGCGAGGCGAGGGCCAAGGCGCUGAAGGCCAAGAAGAACGUGCUGCGCAGGGUGCACACCUUCCCCACGUUCUCCAGGCCUCACAUGCUGUGGCUGCAGCGGCAACCCAAGUACCCGCGCAAGAGCGCACCCACGCGCAACAAGAUGGACCACUACGCCAUCAUCAAGUUCCCACUGACGACUAAGGUGGCGAUGAAGAAGAUCGAGGACAACACGCUGGUGUUCAUCACAGACGUGCCCACCAACAAGCACCAGAUCAAGCUGGCGGUGAAGAAGCCCGAUAACAUGGGUGAUCAAGACAAAUUAUAAGCUGUGGUCAUUUGGUUGUUAAGUUGUUUAAGAUAUUUUUUUGUUAGUGUUGUG